CUUACCCUCCCGCUAAUCACGAAUCAAUUGCUCGAGCAAGAUGACCGAGUGGAACGUACUAACUGCAACUGCAACGCAGCUGAGCCGUUUCCUGCAGGAGGGCCACACGACGAGUCACGACAUCGUCCAGGCCUACCUGGCACAGAUCGACCAGCACAACCGCGCCGGCCUGCAGCUGCACGCGUUGAUUUCCGUCAACCCCGCGACGGCCCUGGCCCAGGCCGCCGCCCGCGACCGCGAGCGAGCCCAGGGUCGCAUCCGCGGCCCCCUCCACGGGGUCCCAAUCAUCGUCAAGGAUGCUAUCAUCACGUCGCGCGCGUUGGGACUCCCCACCACUGCCGGGGCCGUGGCCUUUCAGGAUACCUACGGAUGCGCCAACGCAGCGAUUAUCGAGUCUCUGCUCGACCAGGGAAUGAUCAUCCUCGCCAAAGCGAGUAUGACGGAGUUCUGCGGCCUCAAGGCGACCUGUAUCACCGCGGGCUGGUCGGCCGUGAACGGCCAGACCCAGUCCCCCUAUAUUGCGGGGGGGUUCCGCCCGGACGAUCUCUUUAUCGGUCGCUCGGGGCCCGGAGGGUCCUCGUCGGGGUCAGCCGUGGGCAUCGCGGCGGGCUUUGCGCCGCUGGCUCUGGGCACAGAGACCUCGGGCUCUGUCUGCAUGCCCGCCAAUCGCGCGGGGCUGUACUCCAUCACCGUCACGCAGGGCUCGGUUCCCCUUGAGGGGGUCUUUUCCCUGAGUAGGGACUUUGACAAGAUAGGGGCUAUGGCGCGGUGUCCCGGGGACCUCGCGCUGGUGUCACAAGCUCUGAAUGGAGUGGAGUACAAGCCGCCGGCGGGAUGGACGGACGUGUCGGUCGGCUUCGUUGAUCCUCUCGUGUGGGAUGCUUUCGCGUUUCAGAAGUCACCAGACCAGGAUGUAGAGCGGCAAAUUUUGAGUAGCUAUGAGUGGGCGAGAUCGCAGAUUGCGCAGCGAGGAGGCCGCGUUGUCUACCCGGUGGAGUUGCCCACGAUGGAGAGUCUGCACUACGAGGGCCAGAGUGUGAACUACUCCGUCGCAUUCUAUGAGUUUCCGAAGCUGUUCGAGACAUUCUGCUCCAUGCUAGAGGAGCCAAAAGUGCAAUCGGUUCCGGAACUGAUUGAAUGGAACAAGGAUCAUGCCUCAAUUGCGAUGCCGCCACCACAUACUGAUCAAACUGACUUGCUGGAGACGCUAAAAUCGUCCAUGGAUGAUGAGAAAGCAGCCGCAGCAAAGACUUACGCUCAACGACUCGCGGGACCAGAGGGUAUCGACGCAACGGUUGAAAAGCACGGAGUCGAUAUCAUCAUCGGACCGGGAGACUGCGCUAUCUGCGCGGUUGCUGCUCUUGCGGGAUAUCCUACCGGUAUGGUUCCUCUCGGGCGCUUGGAAGGGCCAGGUGGGCUGGGUCAGCCUCAAGGAUUGAUGUUGAUAAGCCGCGCUGGGGGGGAACAAAAGCUUCUACAGUUUAUGCAUCAGUGGAAAGAGAUAGCAGGAGACUGGGAGGUUCCCCCUUUACUGGCUUGA